AUGUCGCGCCAUCAGGCCGUCCGUAACUUGGACUAUGAAGAAGUCCUCGACGAGUACGAUGCUGAUGAUGGUGAGCUCGGCGCGGAUCAGCUUACCCCUGAGGAUCGCGAUGCGUUAGCCAAAGGGGCUGAGCAGGUCCGUGAGACCCUGGGAAGCGCCGCUGGGUCUUUGACGACCCAGCAAAUACACGACGCCCUGUGGUACUACUAUUACGACAUUGAGAAGACGGUCGACUAUCUGUUGAAGAAAUACAUCACGCCGCCAACUCCCAAGUCUGAGCCCAAGAAGCCGAAGGAGGCCGGCAGGACAAGACAGCAGAUGCAAAGUGACGUUGGCAACUUCGGCAUGACCUCCUCCUAUGGAAUCCCAUCAACCACCCCUUGGCCGCCUCCGUCCUGGUAUUUCGAAGACAUGCCCUGGAUGAACGUGCCAAAACACCGGCGAGCCAUCAUGACUCCCCCCGUCUUGCCCGUGGGCGGGCUUUUGGGUGGUGGCGAAGGGCCGAAGAUCUCCAAACUCCAAGCGCUUGCCGCAGCCCGUAAGAAGAAGAGCGAAGCCGUGAAGAAGCCCGACGAGCCGGAGGAACGGACACAGAAGCGGUUAGCCGAGCUCAACAUCAACGAGCAAACCUACUCAGAGAACGUCAAGCCCGGCUCAAGUAUACUAGCGAAACGUCAAAAGCUGGUGAGCGCCAAUUCAGGCGGCAAAGCAAUGUCCGCAGAACAGCCCCUUCCGAUUCCAUCAGGACCGUCCCCACUCACCACCAUGGAAGCGGACGAAGCCCAGAAUGGACAGUCAUCAGACCCUGCGCCAGCAGAUGAACAAGCAGUCACGUCAACGUCCCGGCCGUCCGCCUUUGCUCACGUACUCUGUGGCUUGUCUGCCGGUUCUGCCGACCCCUCAACUGAUACUUUCAACCUCCCUUACAAGUCAUCCCCCUUGUUCAACUCUGCAGCGUUUGACCAGCCCAGCCCCGAUGACAUAGUGCUCGCGGCGCAGGCCAAAGCGGGCAACCGGUUUGACGCUGCUGCAGCAAAGAGCGCCACCGCCGCCAAGAAAGCUCCCAAGUCCAACGGAGGGCCGCCGACAGAAGCUGUCAAGGAUCUCUCACUGGACGAUGCUCCACCCCCGAAGAGCAAGAAGAUCAACGUGCUUCAAGAGUUCGAGAACAGCAAGAGCAAACGCAGCGCAAGCUUUGUGGUAGUUGGCAAGAGUACGCUCAUGGGGCGGCUUUUGCUAGAGCUCAAGUUUGUUGAACAGCACUUGAUCGACAGAUAUAGACGCCAAGCAGAGAAACUGGGCAAGUCAUCAUUUGCGCUCGCAUGGGUCAUGGAUCAGCGAGAGGAGGAACGUGAACGUGGCGUGACCAUCGAUAUCGCCACCAACCAGUUUGAGACCGACAAAACUCAGUUCACGAUCCUUGACGCCCCGGGUCACAGGGAUUUCGUUCCUAACAUGAUUGCCGGAGCCAGUCAAGCUGACUUUGCCGUCCUCGUCAUCGAUGCCAAUACCGGAGCUUUCGAGAAGGGCUUGAAGGGCCAGACGAGGGAGCACGCAUUACUAUUGAGGAGUCUCGGCGUCCAACGUGUCAUUGUCGCCGUCAACAAGCUGGACAUGGUUGGGUGGUCUGAGGAGCGGUUCAACGAGAUUUCUGAGCAGGUCACCGGCUUCAUGAAGGGCAACGGCUUCCAGCUGAAGAACGUCACUUUCGUUCCCAUUUCUGGACUCAACGGCGAUAACUUGGCGGUCAGAUCCGAGGACCCCGCGUUGUCUUGGUACAGGGGCGAAACACUGAUUCAGGCCCUCGAGGAUUCCGAACCACUGGCCCGGGCUCUGGAAAAGCCAUUCAGAAUGUCCAUCUCGGAGAUUUUCAAAUCUCAACAGAGCCAGUUGACAAUAUCAGGUCGCAUCGAAUCUGGAACUGUGCAGACGGGCGAGAGCAUUGUGGUGCAGCCUAGUGGAGAACCGGCCAGCAUUCGUUCUAUUGAGGUUGAUACCGAGAUUCAGGACUGGGCGGUUGCUGGACAGAACGUGUCCUUGGGUGUCUACGGUAUCGAUCCCAUCCAUAUUCGAGUGGGCGACAUCAUCAGCAGCAAGGCGGAACCAAUCGAGACCAGCGACUUGUUGACCAUGAAAGUGCUCGCCUUUGAGCACCUGAUGCCCAUGCCUGUCGACGUCCAUCGAGGUCGACUACAUGCCGCCGGCCGAAUUCAGUCGAUCCCGGCGGUGCUCAACAAGACUACGGGCGCAACGGAGAAGAAGAACCCCAAGGUUGUUGCGCCUGCCAAGGUUGCACGCGUCGUGGUCAAGCUGGAGUCAAAGGUGCCUCUGGAAGCUGGGCAAAGAGUCGUGCUGCGAAUGGGCGGCGAAACCGUGGCAGCCGGUCUUCUAGAGUAG